UCCCCCCUUUUAACGGUAUUCACUUCAGCCGAGUGCGGUGAUGCAGCCGAUGAGCUGGAAGUGAUUCCGGUGGGUGCCUCGGAGCUGUUUUCCCUCCCUUAUAAAUACCCUAUCCGCCCUUUCUCUCCCAGCCAGCACAUCCAUCAUCCAUCCAUCCAUCCAUCCAUCACUCGCAGCGUAACCCCAAACGCCAGGGCACGGGACCAACCCGAACUAAACCCCCUCCUACCAUCCCUCCUCCUCUCUGCGGCUCUGCCUCUGCCACACAACUCUACAUUACCACGUCCAUAACCCCAAAUCCACCAGCUUUCUUCCACCAUCAUGCCCUCUUCUUCUUCUUCUUCUUCUUCCGUUGUAAUUGCCACUGCGGUGGCCGCCAUCGCAAGCGGCAGUGUCCUGCUGGUCCUCAUGCCGGACGCCUUAGUCUUCCCCUUCCUCCUUUUCCUCCUCGGAUUUUUCUUCUCGUUGGCGUUGGCGUUCAGAGGUGUCCUCCGCGGGCGUUGCGAGGGCGGCGGGAGGCUCCCCCUGCCGCCGGGGUCGAUGGGGUGGCCGUACAUCGGGGAGACGUUCCAGCUCUACUCCAACAACCCGAACGCCUUUUUCUUGCUCAAGCAGAAGAGGUACGGGCCCAUCUUCAAGACGCACAUCCUCGGCUGCCCCUGCGUGAUGGUGUCCAGCCCGGAGGCCGCCCGGUUCGUGCUCGUCACGCAGGCGCACCUCUUCAAGCCCACCUUCCCCGCCAGCAAGGAGCGCAUGAUCGGUCCCCAGGCCAUCUUCUUCCAGCAGGGAGCCUACCACGCUCACCUCCGCCGCCUCGUCCUCCGCGCCUUCCUCCCCGAAGCUAUCCGCUCCUCCGUCGCCGGAAUCGAGGCCGUCGCCCUCCGCUCUCUCGGCGCCUGGGACGGCCGCCUCGUCAACACCUUCCAGGAGCUGAAGACGUACGCGUUCAAUGUGGCAAUCCUCUCCAUCUUCGGCAAGGAUGAGAUCUCCUCCUUGGAGGAUCUGAAGCAAUGCUACUACACGCUCGAGAAGGGCUACAAUUCGAUGCCCAUCAACCUCCCCGGUACCCUGUUCUUCAAGGCCAUGAAGGCCAGAAAGCAACUGGCGCUGAUCGUAGCCAAAAUCGUCUGCUCCAGGAGGAUGCAGAGGAAGACGUCCCCCAACGACCUGCUCGGUUCCUUCAUGGAAACCAAAGAAGAUCUCUCCGACGACCAGAUCGCCGACAACGUUAUCGGCGUCAUCUUCGCUGCCCGCGACACCACCGCCAGCGUCCUCACCUGGAUCAUCAAGUACCUCGGCGACAACCCCGGCAUCCUGCAAGCCGUCACCGAAGAGCAAGAGGAGAUCGCGAGGAGCAAAGGGAGCGAGCCCCUCGCUUGGGCCCACACCAAGAAGAUGCCGCUCACCUCGAGGGUCAUCCAAGAAACCAUGCGAGUGGCUUCCAUCCUAUCCUUCACCUUCCGGGAAGCCGUCGAGGACGUGGAGUACCAAGGGUACCUGAUUCCCAAGGGAUGGAAGGUGCUCCCGCUCUUCAGAAACAUCCACCACAGCCCGGAGAACUUCUCCGACCCAGAAAAAUUUGACCCCUCCAGAUUCGAGGUGGCUCCAAAGCCUAACACCUUCAUGCCCUUCGGCAACGGGACCCAUUCCUGCCCUGGAAACGAGCUCGCAAAGCUGGAGAUGCUCGUCCUCCUCCACCACCUCACCACAAAAUUCACGUGGUGUACGGUGCGAUCCCAAAGUGGGAUACAGUUUGGACCUUUCGUGCUCCCCAUCAAUGGCUUGCCCCUCAGAUUCGCCCUCAAGUCAGCACCAGCGCCAGCAGCUUGACUGCUACGUACGUACUCACGUACACUCCAUGCUCGUACCCAAAAAGGGGUAUGGCCGACGCUGCUGCUCUUCCUGGGAAUGGAAAGGCAGGGAGCUGCCACAGGACUGGUGGGAGAUUGCAACUCAGUCGUCUUCUUCUCGUAUAUACAGUAACUUUAAUCGAAGAGAAAGAAAUGAAAUGAACUGAACUGAACUGAUCGAUCAUGAGCAAACACAAUAAUAACGAUAAAAGGAACAGGAACACGAUUGGAGCUUGUGAUUUUGUCAGGUUUGGGUCCGCCAUAACCCAUGCUUAAUAUUGAUAAUUCAAAGUUAAAGGAGAUUAA